AUGGCUAACAAUCUCGAAUCCACUCUCCCAGUUUCUGCCCUGGGCAGUUGGAUGGAAGAUCUCUACGCCCGAAUCUUUGUCCAGCCAGAUGAUGAAGUCUCAGCGACCACUAUCAAAGAGUGCAUUGCAGAGGAUUUCACAGCCAGAAUCAACCAUGAUCACUACACACGACAAUCAUUCCACGAUAUCAUCAUGAAGUUCCGCGUCGAUAACAAGACCACCAUCCACGAAACCAAGGAGCUCCAAUGUUGGGAUGCGCCCGAUGGCUCAGGUGCUGGCUGUGUCUCCCAGUUUGUGCGCUUUACCGACUCGAAUAAGGAGACUGGCGUUGGUAGCAUGUCUUCUACGUUGCUGAUUGCAGGCAUCAAGGUUGUCAAUGGGCGGAAGAUGCUGGUAGAACUUACUGAGGUGAUGAAGGCAUCUGCUUAG